AGCUUGCACAACGCAGGCAGGCACGCCGGCCGCACUCUCCGCCCGUCACAGGCCAGGGAUGGCGGCCGCCUUGGGCGCCCUGUGCUGUCUGUCGGCGCUGUGUCUGGCCACCGCCGCGCAAGCAGGUGCCAACGCAAAUGUGACAUCGGUUAUCUCAUCUCAGAGUGAGCAGGGUAGUCACCCCACUAGUGAAAACGUCAUACCGCUGCUCAGCCAGUUCACUGGUCAAGACCCCUUGGAAGCAGAAUCGACGGACGGGGCAGUCAGCCCCCGGCAGAAGCGCACCUUCUUCUGCAAGAAGUGCGGCUACGGCGGCGGCUACCGCGGCCGCGGGGGCGGCUACCGGCAGGCGUACGCCGUCGUGGUGCCGGUGAGGCUGGUGGUGGUGCAGCCGCGCCCCGUCUACUACCGUCAACGGCCGCGCGGCGGCUACUGCGACCCGUGCAGCCGCAGGCGCUACUACGGGGGCGGCGGCGGGGGCGGCGGCGGGGGCGGCUCCUAUGCCGAGUCCUUCAGCUACAGCCGCUCCUACAGCUACGGUUAAAGGAAAUGAUCCAGCAACAUCAUUGUCAACUGACGCUACUAUGCCCCCUGUCACCGCACACUUUUUCCAUUGUUACAUCGUUCAUCUCCCGGUCGUAGUGGAACUGUCGAGACUUCCACUGGGCAAGACAGGAACUGUGCACGGUGUGCUGAAAAAACGGAUUCAACCGUUUAUCUGAAAGACAGGGGGAAAAGUAUCAAGCAUUUCAGAAUUUAAUUUUUAAUACAUGUGUUCUAAGAAAUUAUGUUCAAAGUAGUGCGAGGGACUUUCUAUGUAAAUUAUGUAUUGAUUAUGUUUCCUUACAACAAACACAGAAAAUGCUUCUGUUGGUAACCGUAUAAUUAAAGGAUUCUAGCAGAUAUUGCAA